CACAAGGCUGCUUUUCCUUUUUGAUCCAUUCAAAAAUUACUCAUUGCAAAUUCCCGGACAGCUCAGGGAAGAGAAGCCGGGGGGCGGAGGACACAGAAGGCUGCAGCGGCGCAGUGUUGGGACUCCCAGACACAGCGGGCUGAGGUCAGUCCCACAGAAGCCGCCGGCCCGCGCCGAGCUCCGGCGGCCUCUCCAGGAAGCGUCAGUCUCCGCCCGAGGAGCUGGGAGCACCGCCCCCGCCGUCCUCCCGGACCCCCAGCUCCGACGCGCCGGCGAUGGGCGGCCGCUGAGCGGGCACUCGGCACCGUGACCCUAGCCCUCGGCAUGGCCGCGCGCGAGGAGCUGUAUAGCAAAGUCACCCCGCGCAGGGACCGCCUGCAGCGCCCGGGCACCAUCAAGCAUGGGUCGGCGCUGGACGUGCUUCUGUCCAUGGGCUUCCCCCCGCGCCCGUGCACAAAAAGCGCUGGCAUCCACUGGAGGAAGAAGCGUUCAAGCAGCAUGUGACUGGUUGUUCUCCCAUGUCGGUGACCCCUUCCUGGAUGACCCCCUGCCUCGGGAGUAUGUCCUCUACCUCCGUCCAACCGGCCCAUUAGCCCAGAAGUUGUCGGACUUCUGGCAGCAGUCCAAGCAGAUCUGUGGGAAGAACAAGGCCCACAACAUCUUCCCCCACAUCACCCUCUGCCAGUUCUUCAUGUGCGAGGACAGCAAGGUGGACGCGCUGGGGGAGGCCCUGCAGACAACCGUCAGUCGCUGGAAAUGCAAGUUCUCCGCCCCACUGCCGCUGGAGCUCUACACCUCCUCCAACUUCAUCGGGCUCUUCGUCAAGGAAGACAGCGCCGAGGUCCUCAAGAAGUUCGCGGCUGACUUUGCCGCGGAGGCUGCCUCCAAAACGGAAGUGCACGUGGAGCCCCAUAAGAAACAGCUGCACGUGACCCUGGCAUACCACUUCCAAGCCAGCCACCUGCCCACUCUAGAGAAACUUGCCCAGAACAUCGAUGUCAAGCUAGGGUGUGACUGGGUGGCCACCAUAUUCUCUCGGGAUAUCCGGUUUGCCAACCAUGAGACGUUACAGGUGAUCUACCCCUAUUCCCCUCAGAAUGAUGAUGAGCUGGAGUUGGUCCCUGGGGACUUCAUCUUCAUGUCUCCCAUGGAGCAGACCAGCACCAGUGAGGGCUGGAUUUACGGCACCUCGCUGACCACCGGCUGCUCUGGGCUGCUUCCUGAGAACUAUAUUACCAAGGCUGAUGAGUGUAGCACCUGGAUCUUCCAUGGUUCCUACUCCAUCUUAAAUACGGUGCCAUCCAGCUCUCUCACGUUUGGUGAUGGAGUAUUAGAGAGGCGGCAGUAUGAGGACCAAGGACUCGGGGAGACGACGCCUCUCACUAUCAUCUGCCAGCCCAUGCAGCCCCUGAGAGUCAACAGCCAGCCCGGGCCCCAGAAGCGAUGCCUCUUUGUGUGUCGGCAUGGGGAGAGGAUGGAUGUUGUAUUCGGGAAGUACUGGCUGUCCCAGUGCUUUGAUGCCAAAGGCCGCUACAUACGCACCAACCUGAACAUGCCUCACAGCUUACCUCAGCGGAGCGGCGGUUUCCGGGACUAUGAGAAAGAUGCUCCAAUCACUGUGUUUGGGUGUAUGCAAGCAAGGCUAGUGGGUGAAGCCUUGUUAGAAAGCAACACCGUUAUUGAUCACGUUUAUUGCUCUCCAUCCCUACGCUGCGUCCAGACCGCACAUAAUAUAUUGAAAGGCUUACAACAAGACAAUCUCUUGAAGAUUCGGGUCGAGCCGGGCUUAUUUGAAUGGACAAAGUGGGUUGCUGGGAGCACGUUACCGGCAUGGAUACCUCCAUCAGAGUUAGCUGCAGCCAACCUGAGUGUUGAUACAACCUACAGACCUCACAUUCCAGUCAGCAAAUUGGUGAUUUCCGAAUCCUAUGAUACCUACAUCAGUAGAAGUUUCCAGGUGACGAAAGAGAUAAUAAGCGAAUGUAAAAGCAAAGGAAAUAACAUUCUGAUUGUGGCCCAUGCGUCUUCCCUUGAAGCCUGUACCUGCCAACUCCAAGGCCUGUCCCCUCAGAACUCCAAGGACUUCGUACAAAUGGUCCGGAAGAUCCCAUACCUAGGCUUCUGUUCCUGUGAAGAAUUGGGAGAAACUGGAAUAUGGCAGCUGACAGACCCGCCUAUCCUCCCCCUUACCCAUGGACCCACUGGGGGCUUCAACUGGAGAGAAACCUUGCUGCAAGAAUAAGCUGCCUGAGCGGUGGGAAGAAUUGGCCUAUUUGCAGAUGAGUCCUCAGAUGUUCAGUAGCAGCGAGAAAACCCAUACUGCAUUCAAAGUGGACAGCUCAGAAUCAUUUAGCAUAUUUCUUUUCACGCUUAGGGGUCUUACAGUGAGACUGUGUCAAUGAGAGAAAGGCACGAUUCAGAAGGAGAAAACAAAACCCAUCUUCUCUGACUUGCCUAGCUAACAUGGCUUUGGAGAAUUGUCUUCCUAAGCUGGGGCACCUGCUGCAGCCGAGACUACCACCCUUCUUCAGGCUAUGCAUGGCUAAAGAGCCUCACUCUUCCCCAGAGAGCUGCCCCCGCCCUCAGGAGACAUGCAAGGGGAAGGACUGCGCCUCGAAUCCAACUGGGGAUGGGAUAGUCUUUGGUACUCCAUUUGCAAGUUAGGCAUAGCCACGCUGUGGAGUGCUUUGAUGGUUCUUAGAAACCAUAAGAAUAGUCCUCGGGUCAUAGAACAGAGUCCACCCCCAGCAGACUCCAUUCACUAGUGUGCAAGGCACCUGAUUGAGGACUCCCAGCAUUCACCCUGGUAACCACCACUUCAUCUCCAGAGCAGCCUGGCCCUUCAUGCUUCUGUCUGUGAAAUGGGGAGAGAAGCACUUUUGCUCUCCAAAGCACUUUGAGAUACUCAGGGGGAAAUAAAGAAAAUGGAGGACAUAUUGAAUGGGAGGUAUGGAGACUUGCAGAAUAUUAAUCAAGUUGAAAUUACCCCUGCCAAGCCCAGUGAGCUGUGAGAUCUCUCAGCCAGUUUGAAUCAAGAUCUGUCCACCCAGGCUCUAGACUGUGUUAAGCAGUUAAGGAGAUUGAGAUCUGGAUGGAUGGAUGUUCCAUUCAUUUUUUGGGUCAGCAAGAAACUCCUUCUGUGCAAUAUGGAUAUUUCUAGAAGCUAUACUGAUGGUCGAGUUGUACACAUGCAGUCUGUGUCAACUGUAGCAGAGCAUCUGUAGGUAAACCAGUUGUCGGUUGUCUAAGGAAGUCAGGGGUCUGACUUGAAUGACGGCCGUCACAACCGCACUGCUCCGUAUGCUGUCCUCUUUGUUUGCUUUUCUGUGAUAAUUUAAGAUGGAUGGAAGGUAGGGCUGCUGGAAGGGAGUCGAGAGUCACACAGCCUUUCUGUGGACUCCCAUCACACCCGCUUCAUGUAUUUAGACAGAAUGUGUGUAUUUAAAAAAAGAAUAAAUGACAAUCAAACCAAAACGUCACUUAUCAAUGUCUAUUUAAUUGUGUGAAUAGACACUAGGGCCACAGACAGAAGCCUGGUAUGAGAUAGUUCACUGUGUGGCAUGUAAGACACUUAGAGAUAUAUGUCAUCAGCUUUACAUUUUGAUAAAUAAGCUGUGAUUUUUUUUGCUAGUAUGGAAAGAACAUGGGCCCAGCUUCCAGCAUGAAUGUAACCCUAUGGUGACACAUCAAUUAUGUUUUAACCUUAAAAUAUCUUGGAGGAAAGACUCCGAUUAGAAGUCGCAAAGGGAAAGUCACAGUGCAGCCACUGUAAUGUCCCUGUCACUCAUCUUCUGGCAUUUGUAGUGAAGUGAACCCACCGUUCACUCAGAUCCAAAAUGAUUCGCCACUGCAUCUCCAGAUUGGGUGCUCCCAGCAAAUCAUCAGAUUUCCCUGACACUCUGAAGAAGUGACUGUGAAAGCAGGUCUUCCUAGGCUUGCUCUCUCUCUCUCUCUCUCUCUCUCUCUCUCUCUCUCUCUCUCUCUCUCUCUCUCUCUCUCUCUCUCUCUCUCUCUCGUUGUCUUAGUUUUAAGUGUCUAGGUAAAUGAAGCACUUUGAUUGGGCCGCAUUCCAUUGUCCUUAAUCCAAUAUAGACAGAGUCCUGGGUGAUUCUGACAGAGCCAGAGGGGGCAGGAUCUGAAGUAAGUUUCUGGAUAACUUUAAGUGGAAAACUCUUGAGUACAGAACAGUUUAAUUAACCAAAUUGCUUAUCACAUUGGCUGGGUGAUCCGUACUCAGUUAACAUUGCACGUUUGCCUACUUCAAAAAUUAACCAUGGGGUCCAGCUGGGUGAUCCUUCGAAUCACCCUGAAUCUGUGUGUAAAGAAACAUCUCUACCAUCCCAUUUCAUAAGCAUACAGAAGUUCUGUGCUGGCAGUGGCCCUGAGUCGAGGCUAGUUCUUUUUGAUCUGCAGCUCACGCUUAUUAGCUCACAUGAUAUUUGAGAAUGAGUCGAGCAGAGGACAGAAAAAAAUAAUCAAGAGAAAAUGUUCAUGCCCUUCCCCCUUUUUGUAAGUGUUGGAAAGCUGUCUGAUACCUGAAAUACACCAAGGGAAAAGAAAUUAGUGAAAGGGCUGACUGUGGCAUUACAUGUCUAAACGGUGACCUAUCUUCACAAGUGUGCACAUGCUCCAGUGUUUUUCCUGGGUAGGACUUUGUCCCUGUAAUUUCCUCUGAGUGCCGACUGGAAUAAUUGGUGCAUGUUAGUGCGCGCACUCGCUGGGGGCUGUCCUUUUCCCAGGCUCUCCUCACCAUCGAUGCUUGGCCAUGAGGAGCCCUUUGCUUCACCUCACGGUGACAAUAGCAUUCAGAUAAGUGUGUCUUUCCCUUUGCAUUCAGACUCAUGCAAUCUGAAUGGCUGAUUAAGUGGCCAUCUGAUGGCUGAGAGAGGAGGUUAUUUUUUAUCCCUUAGUGAAGGCCUGGGAGACUUUCUACUUCUUAUUUUAAUUAUACUUUAACCAAAGAAUUAUUUUAAAGUAACCUUAUAUUUGAAAGAUGAUUUUGCAAUAAAUAAUAAAUAAAUAAAUAAAUAAAAGUGUGCCUUCUGGAGCUGUGGGGGUUUGGUAAGUCGCUGUUGGUCAUUUUCUUGCCGGUUUUGUUCGGAAUAUGUGUAAAUGGUCUUCCUGCUGUGUGUAGCACCGCCUUGGAUGUGUCUUUUUCCACUCUGCAAGCUGUAUUCCUGCAAAAAUGAGGUUUCUUAUUCCAAGUAUGUAAUGCCGUGGGGGACUCAGUGAGUGGCAACAGGGAGAGACAUUCCUAUCUCGCUGCCUUUGUAGAAGUUUGCUUCUGUGCUCCGAGAAUGCCAUUCCUCUGUAACCUAGGCGCUGGCUUUAAUUUCACACCAAUGAUGAAUUGCUCUUUUGAGUCUACUGUCAGGAUGUCCGUGUGUUAAGAAUACAGAUGAGCCUCCCACUAAGCUUCGCAGGGUCGGCACAGUCAACUGUACCAAAUGUGCACAAGGUUGGAUAACGAGACUCCUGGAGAUUUGCAUUUAAAUUGUAAUCCGGCACAUGCCAAGUGAGGGAAAAGGAGGGGUCUAGUAUGACCAGCCUAUGCUGCUGCAGGGGAAAGACUGACAAGGAGAACAGAGACAGCCUGGCUUAAACACCUGUUUAGGUGAACGUCUGUGGUACAAAGGUGAUGGAGAUGGGCUUGUUAAGUGGGUGCUUUUCAUCUUCAAGCACGUGACUAAAAUUGGAUUUGCUUUUGUAACACUUCACCAUUGGUUUCUGGGAAAGUGUCUGUGGGCACUGUCUCUCGGUGCAGAAGAAAUAACUGGACCAUUACAUAUGUAAAGUAUUAGGUUUGCUAUGUGUAGGUUGAAUAUUAGAGUCACUAGUAAUCAAACAAUAGACAGUUCUCACAGAUAUUUGCCUGGUACUCCUUAACCGCCAUGACUUGCACGGAAAUUUUGCAGCUGUUCAACCCUUCAUGGACUCUGUAUGGAAUACAUGUGUAUAAUGAAAGCAAUGGAUACUGGUUCUUUGGUUGCCACUGAGAACAGCAUCCCAGAGCCUUUGAGUUAUGCGUCCACCAUUCUGAGCCUGCCGUGUUGGGAAGGCGUGUUUGUUUCUUUCUCACUUCUGAGGCUUUUGUAUCCCUUCUUUUCUGUGCGAUCCGUGUGUAUUUAUUAGGGGGGGUUGUAAUCACAAAAAGAGGGAGAAAACCACACCUAGCUGUACUGCCAAAUUCCUUGUACACUACCUGUGGCAUUUGUGCUUGCUGGCUGAGAAGCUGAUCUUCCGGAGAGAGCUGUGACAGUAUUGUGAUCAAUUCACUGCUUUCCAGGGCCACAUCCACUGAAAUGGUCCAUAAAUGACUUAAUAAAAAGAAACCGUGUCCUCAGUCGAUCCAGAGCAACUGCAAACCAAA